AUGGCAGAAUCAGUGUGCUCACUGCCGACCAACAUGAACAGCACCAAGCUGAAAGUAAUACUCCUAUGUGGCCUAGUAUUAUCGGUCGUAGCCGAAGAGGCGAAGAAGACCGAAUCUAGCGCUAAGCCAAAGGAUGAAAAAUCGAAGCGUGGACUGGAACUAAGUCUAGGUGAUCACGGUGGUUUUGGGGGCGGUUUCGGCGGCCAUGAUUUAGGCGGUGGAUUCGGAGGCAGUGGACUCGGAGGCGGAGGUGGAUUUGGUGGUGGCGAAAUAAUCUCUACUGAUCACAUCAAGGCGGUUACGGUCACGAAGCACGUGCCAGUACCGCAUCCGUAUCCGGUGGAGGUCACGAAGCAUGUGCCCUAUCCGGUAAAGGUGCCAGUCAAAGUACCUGUCGACCGUCCGUAUCCGGUCCAUAUACCGAAACCUUACCCAGUGGAGGUCACGAAGCACGUACCCUAUCCAGUGGAGAAGCCAGUGCCCUUCCCGGUCAAGGUACCCAUAAAGGUGCCCAUCAAGGUACCCUAUCCGGUCAAGGUACCAGUCAAGGUUCCGAUCGAAGUGUCGAAACCAGUGCCCUACCCGGUCAAGGUACCCGUAGUCGUCAAAGAGCCUUAUCCCGUAGUCGUUAAGAGUCAUCACGACGAGGGUGGUUUCGGCGGCGGUGAUAUCGGUGGAUUUGGUGGCGGCCACGAUUUUGGCGGUCACGACUUUGGCGGCGGUGAUUUCGGCGGACAUUAUUGAAAAAAUGAGCGUAUAAGAAGAAACGAAGACUUCAUCGUCUUCCCCUUUUUUGUUUGACGGCUCGCGGCCCAAGAGACCAAGAGAUAUUCGAAGGAUCGAUCGUCGAAGGAUCGAGAAACGAUCGGCAAAAGUUGCCACAUCGUUAAUUAAUAGAAGUCGAUAUGAUGCGUAAAUAUUGUAUUCUUCGUGAUCCAAUCCUCGAAUUGUACUAUACACCCUGUAAAUGUAAAAAAUAAAUAAAGUAUUUUUUUUUACAUAACGACUGCUUGCGAAACAUUCAAACGUUGGGAGGGUGGGGAAGGAAUCGAUAGAGAAACGUAUUAGCCGGACACGUUAUGCGAUUAUGAGGAAUUGCGAGGAAACUUUCACUCUUUAAUAUUACGUGAGUUGCGCCAAGAAAGGUACACCUGUUUCACCACAAGCGGCACAUAUACCGCAAGAAAAAGCGUCACUCAUAUAGGAAUCGUUAAAGUAAACGAAUGGCUGCGUCGGCGGAAGGGGAAAGGCGUAAAACGUAAAUGUCAAUGUGUGAAAAUUGCAAUAAAUAUCCGCGAAUAUCCUCUCGCCUCUCUCCCUAAGAGAUUAAUCUUGUAGACUUUCAACACACGCAUUACGCGCUAUCGUGCGCGACGUAUGCACAUUGCGCCACAAGGAAUCAGCCCGACACGACUAAUGUAAGUUGUUAAGCCGCCAAUUGCGUCGUUCGAUUUUUCAGGGCUGCAUCGAUCAUUCGACGAUCAUUCCUGGCACGCAGUGAAAAGUGUAUAAAAAAAUCGGAAAGGGCAUAUUGCCAAACAGUUGCGCGAUUUUGAAACGCUAUUUACGCACAAACGCGUUUACGACAUCUGUCCGAUCUGUUAUCAAAAUUUAUGGAUCUAUCAAUGUUUUAGUUGCUUUUUUUUACAUGCGAAUACUCCAAUUAUGCAUAACGUGUUCUGAAAUACAUGAUUUUUUUAAAUUCCGUUACACGCACACAUAUAUUUCUCAUGUAAACUGAUGUGAAAGUAGUUAAAUAAAUGUCUUUAAUAUACGCA